AUGUCGCAACUCGUCAACCUCUGUAUUGCGCUCAUUGCUGCUCUUCUCCUCGGACAAACAUCCGCCCAGCCUUCCUUGAACUACCCUCCCAGCAUCAGCGAUGGUGCUGUCCUGGGCUUGGACUAUCUUCCAUGUGGAGGUAACGUUCCAGACUAUUCGAGCGAUAACGUCACGGAUUUCCACGUUGAAGGAGAUGCUGUUGCGCUGUAUUCCAACUAUACUCAGACUAUCUGGCAACUCGGUGCAUUUCUCGACACCGGCAAUGGUGUCAAUUACUCUAACCCCUGGACAAUCGUUCUCCCUCCUAUCAACCAGUCUGGUGUGGGCGAUUACUGCAACCCCAGUGUGCCACUUCCAGGCUCCUUUGCAGGAUUGAAGGGAGUCAUUAUGAUCAUUCAACUAUCUAUGGUAACUGAUGGCUCUGUCAAUCAGUGUGCGGCUGUCAAUUUCGUUCCAGGACGACAAACCGAUUUACCUUCAACCUGCACAAACGAUACUGGCGUAUCUGCAACAUUUGCCGCAACUUGGGCUCAGAUGAGUUCUGCUGCUGCUGCUGUGCCUGGGUAUGCAAUAUUAGGACCGCCGUCGUCUUCGGCUGCGAUGUCUUCGACACACAAUAUACCUGCUGUGAUAUGGCUUUUCUGGAUUGGCUAUAUCUUGUGUUUGGUUGCGUGUUUUGCUGCCUUCAUAGACGUCGGUAGAUUUAUUCGAAGACUUGACGAUGAACUGCCAGGAUCAAGUGUCGAUAUUGAGAAGGGAUUUGAGUUGCGAGUCGAGGGAUUUGAGUUACGAGUCGAUGUCUUUUGUGGAACCAUGACUUAGAGAUGUGGCAAUCGAGAGAAUAGCUCUUGACCAUUAAUGGAAAUGUCUGCUCUGUGAACCUGAAGCCUGUGACGCGUUUUCAAAUUGAUAAUCUUAGCAGCCCAGCUUCGCACCUCGGUGUCUUUGCUGUUUGGAAUUGUGAUAUCAUCUGCGAGGAGCUCUUUUAAUCUUUCGAGAGACAAGAAGCGAAGGACAGCAUCGAGGUCGGCCUUAGAUCUUUCUUCUAGUAUGAAAGAGAGUUCAGGGGCGGCUUGGACAUGGCCUUG